GCAGGCAGGAAGUGCCUCCAGCCUGAACGCUAGCUGGAACAUGAAGAGGAGAAGCGCUCGUACGCAGCACAACAAGCGUCUGACGGUACCGUGCCCGCUUCAAACCUCAGAUAAGAAUGUCGUGAUAGAGAUUACCGGCAGUUUGAGAGGAGAGGGUUUGUUUGUUUUCAUCUCUCUCGGGACGGACUCUGUGCUCCGCGGCUAAUGCUAACGUUAGCAUUGUGUUUAUUAUUGAGCAAAGUUGAGAGAGUUCAAGUUGUUGUUAUUCCGCAGCAGCUGAAUUAUGAGAUGUUUACCGCCCUGAUAGCUGGAUAUGACUGUAACUCCACUUUUUAAAGAUUGUCAAAGAACAAAACGAGUCUGUGCCGUAAAGCCAGACAGCUCGUAAGCUUGUAAAUAUUCGGUUCGGGCUCUGAGCCAAACUUAGGCGGAAACUCCUCAGCUUUAAAAAAAAAAAAAAAAAAAAAAUCGACAUAUUUUACCAGGUUAACGUGUUUCUCAGGCUUUCGCACAUUUUUAACCUUUAACUCUGCAUUUAUGAACUGUCGUUUUCCCAUAAAAUUAAUUUGAAUUUACAGAUUUAAAGUUGAAUCCUGACAGAAGUCAGGUGUUAUAAGCUGGUGAUAUUUCAGAAAGCUGAAUUGCAGGAUGACUUGUGAAAAGACUUGAUAUCCUGUUUUAAAAGGGCAUGACUGCCUACGUGAAGAGUGUCUUUUAAAAAGCCUGCUUUUUUAACCUAGUUUGGUGCAAGCCCAACACAAUUUAGUUUACUUAAUAAAAAAUACUUUCAAAACAUCUGAUCAGGAAAUAAAAAUCAGUCAUUUCUAUUAUAUUGGCCAGUUGAGUUCACAAAUCCCAAAGGAUGAAAUGGUGGUGAAGAAGAUUUUAAUCAUGUGGUUUCUUAGAAAAGCACAUUGGGACAUGGAGCAUUGCAGAAGAGAGCAGCCGUGGGGGAAGCUGGUCAAAGUGGGUUCCAGUGAGACAGUGCUGCUUUCCAGCAGGGAGUGCACCGUGGGCAGAAAGAAAGGAUGUUAUCUGUCCUUUCCAGCCUGUAAACUUGUUUCGGGGGAGCACUGCAAGAUUGUGAACGAUGAAGGUUCGGGGCAGGUGUGGCUGGAAGACACGAGCACUAACGGCACAGUGAUCAACAUGUCCAAACUCGUCAAAAGGCAAACUCACAUGCUGCAAAACGGCGACGUCAUCUACUUUGUGUACAGGAAACACGAGCCAGAGCAAAACAUCGCUUAUGUUUACCAGUCAAUAAAAGAGCAGGAAGCUGCAUCACAACGCAACAGCGAAGACACUGAAAACACUGAGGACACAGAGAGGUCAGCCUCCAGCCCUCAUCCUGUUGCAGUGUCAGAGCUGUCCCUGUCUGUGGAGCCGGUCCUGCUCCCAACGGCUCCUGUGGUUCCAUCUCAGGAAGAAGCUCAGCCCUCCACCUCCACCUCACACUUCUGUAUUCACAAGCCUUCUUCCUCUGAUGCCUCCGGCCAAGUUAAAGAGGGUGCCGGCGCAGAAGAAGAGGACACAGACAGCCUGGAGCCACAAAGCAAAAAGAGAAAAACUGAUGAUGGUAAGGACUACAAUGCCAGCGUUCCACACACCUCCACUGCAGAAGCAGCUGCUGCCACUGAGGGAAGUGCUGGGAAUCUUUUACCUGCACCGGCGGCGAAGGGGACGAAAGCAGACAAGAUGGAGGAGUCUCUGACCUGUGUUAUUUGCCAGGAUCUGCUGCAUGACUGUGUCAGCCUGCAGCCUUGCAUGCAUGUGUUCUGUGCAGCCUGUUACUCGGGCUGGAUGGAGCGCUCGUCCCUCUGUCCCACCUGCCGCUGCCCCGUGGAGAGGAUCCGCAAGAACCACGUCCUCAACAACCUGGUGGAAGCUUACCUCCUCCAGCACCCAGAAAAGUGUCGCAGCCAGGAGGACCUGAAGAGCAUGGACAGCCGGAACAAGAUAACUCAGGACAUGCUGCAGCCAAAAGUGGAGCGCUCCUUCUCCGACGAAGACGGCAGCUCAGAUUACCUCUUUGAGAUCUCAGACAACGACAGCGACUCAUCAGACCUCAGUCAGCCUCUGGUGAUGUGCAGACAGUGUCCAGGCUACAGGGGGGACGUCAGCCAGGUGCUGUUUCCCACCAGUUCAACCUUCUGGAUCUCCGGUCUGCCUCCCCCACCUUCCGUCCCUCCACCCACGCCCCCUCCUCCCAGACCCGCCGAGGAAGGAGCCGCACGGGCCUCCGGGGAGCAGCCGUCCACAUCCUCCGAUGUCCCCUCAGCUCCUCAGGAGUACUGCUGCCCCCCUCAGGGCUUCCACCUCAUCUGCACCUGCUGCCUCCAGCCGAUGCCGGACCGGCAGGCCGAGCGAAGCGACCAGCAGCCGAUUGCUCAGCAGUGUGUGCUGUGCCAGCGACCUUUCUGUCACAUGUACUGGGGUUGCCAGAGAAUUGGCUGUCAGGGCUGUCUGGCUCCAUUCCGCGAUCUCAACCUGAUGGACAAAUGUCUGGAUGGAGUGCUGAACAACAAUAACUAUGAGUCAGAUGUCCUCAAGAACUACCUGUCCUCCAGGGGGAAGACGUGGAAAGAUCUGCUCCACCAGUCUUUGCAGGGAUUACAGCAGGGGGAUUACUCUCUGACAGACCGCCGUAUCUCUGCGAACACCAUCCUGUGCUUCGGCUGCGGCCUGCGAGCGUUCAGGGAGCUGGCGUACAAGUACAGAGAGAACAUCCCUCCGUCUGAACUUCCAGCCGCCGUAACCUCACGUCCCGACUGCUACUGGGGGCGCAACUGUCGCACGCAGGUCAAGGCCCACCACGCCACAAAGUUCAACCACAUAUGUGAGCAAACCCGUUUCAAGUGCUGAAGGAGCCGAAGGAGCAGCGCGGUUCAAUUCCCUCCGUCGCUGAACAUCUCAUGCAUGUAGGAGACGCCGUCUUGUGGCGUUACAUCUGUGUCCAUGUUUGCCUUAUGCAACGAAUUACAAUCAGUGUGGGUUUUCCUGUGGCGGCCAGGGCUUCACCUCGACGCAGGGCUGUGUGAAAUAAAGCUAUGCACUAAGAGAACGACAUUCACGGUUUAGGAAAGCGUCCUGCUGCUUCUUACACGCUCACACUCGGCUGGGAAAUAAACGCCAGCCCCCAAACUGGAAUCAAACAUUGUUGCUCGUGCAUUUUUGCUAUUUUUAUGCAUAUAAGUUAUGGCUGUUUGUUUGUUUUGUUUUGUUUUAGUUGGAUGGUGAUGAAUGAAUAUCAUGAGCGUCACAGUAAAUGAAUCAUGGCGAGCUGCUGCCCUGUUCCAAACCGCUGGCUUCAGAUGCCGUUGGCGAGAGGCUGGCGUCGCUGGAAUAUUGUGGUGCGAUGAGAACAGUUGUCGAAUUUCAUCGAGGCAACAGUAAAUCCAUCAAUAGUCCAGGCGGUGAGGCAGUUUCAGGCUCGUGCACAAGCCGCUACCGGCAUCCAAACCGCUAAGCCCGGACAAUAUUGGCUAAUGCGCACGCAGCACGUCCCGCAGCGCUCUGCCGCUGGCCCGGGGCAUUCGCCGAGUUCCCAGGCGAGGGCAGAAAGCCACGUCAAAGCCCCUCAUGCUCGUACAAGGGCAGAUUUGUAAUCCCAUGUGAUAUUUGUAUAGGAUUUCAUGUCUGUGGGAAGGGGAUCAAUGUGCUGUAACGCCGUCGGAGGGCACAGGGGCCUCCGUUGUAUGCUUUGCUCUGGAUAAUCAUCUCCAAGGUGAUUAAAGUAGUGUAGAAGGAACAUGUUGUGGGAGCCUCGCAGUCAGGGCUAAUCUGAUGAAAUGCACAGUUACUCUGCGUGGACGGCGCUGCGGGCGAGCCGUGACCCGCCCCGCGUGUUUUCAGGGGCUUUCAUGGAUUCAGAACGGUUCCCGUCUGGAGCAGAACUUUAACAACAGUUUAAAAAGGGAGAAGUUUGUACAAUACUACCAUCGUAUAUUCAGUCGAUCACAUCAGGUCACACUAUUUUUGUGUUUUACGAGUUUACUGCCAGCUGCAUGUAAUCCUCUCUCAAUCCUGCUCUUUCCCCCAGUAUUAUUUCUCCUGUUAACGUUAAUUUUUAUGUUUUGCUGACAAGUGUGAUGGGUUUAGUUUGAUUUUUCUCUGGUUCCUCAGGUACAAACGGCUGCUGGUUUUGUGGUUUAAAUUGUAGUUUCGCCAUUAGGGAUGGCUUGUCUGUUGUUUUCACAGUAGGCGAGAGGAUUUGUUCAAACUGCUGCGUAACUGUCAGAAUAUGACUUUUUUUUUUUUUUUGCCUUAUUUAGUCAAAAUAUUAGCAUGUUGAGCUUGAGAGGCCUUAUAUAUUAAAAUGAAAUGUUUUUUUAAUUUUACUUUUACUAUUUUUAGUGUGAAGAAUAGGGAAGUAGAAGAAAAUCCAGCACACUUUGUGCUUUCACCUGAUAAACACUGGUUUUAUUUUUAAUGUUUUAGUAUUUCAGAAGAUUAAGAGAAAAACAUUUUUUUUAUAUAAUUGUUGGACCUUUUGCACAUUUUUCUCAUGUUUAUAGGUUUUUUUUUUUGUCGUUAAUCUUAAAGAUUUGAUCUCCAGUGUAUGGGAGGUCACCUGAUCAUAAUCAUAUGAAGGAUUUCUAGAAUUAGAUUCACAAAGUUAUGUCCUUUUAAAAAAAUAACGUAUUAGCAGCCCGUGCCAUAUGACCACUGGUUCCGUUUGUGUGGUUUAGUAUUGUCGCUGGUUGUUUGUGAAUGGGCUCCUUCCUGAGUCGAUUUAUGGCCUUAGCGAGGUGGUUUUUCUUUUUUUUUUUAACCUUCUCAUUCAUGGUGGGUCUACAUUGGCAUUCCUCAGCAGCUCAGGCCCUCAGCACAAGUCCAGUCGAUCCCCCCCCGACGGCGUGGCUGAGUUUUAAUUAUUCCCCUACAGGAGAUCUGGGCACCCUAAGCCAACAAUAGUCCCAAGCCGCCCCAAUCAGGAACUGGUAUUAGAGACUUUGGAAGGCGCGCUUCGCAUUCUCCCUGGGAAGGAGUGUGUGCACGUGUGUGUUGUGUUGUAUGAAAAGACAAAUAUUUACUCACUUUGAGCGCAAAAAAAAGUGUGGACCAAGCUGCCCAGCAGUGCGGGAAGAGGCCGGUCUCGCUCUACCUCAUCUCAGCUCUCGGGAAGACGAGCUGAACCGACGUCAGUCGGAGAGUCUCGGCGUUCCGGACGGAGACUCGCCGACGGCCGCAGACUCUGUAUGCAAUGCACUUAUUUUCACAGUUAGUCGAGAUUCUAAUCAAACGUAGUCGGAUCAGUGUAGGGUAGCAGUUGGAAUACGCAAGUGACAUCUCUGUGACAAACGUGUUUAAAUGAAUGAUCUGUGUUGUAUUAGCGAUGCUCCAGUUGUCUGUUUGAAAUGCUUCUCAUUUGCUUGUUUAUCUUAAAUAAACCACUGCUAUAGCUGGGAGUGA